UAGAGGCAGGCAGAGCGAGAGAGCGGGAGGAGAGAGGGCAGGGAGUGGAAGAUAAUGCUGGCUGAGAUGGUGGAGGAGAAUCACGGCUGGAGAGGCUGCUGCCUGCUUGCCAAGACUAAACAGUGUGCAAAUCAGGUAGAGUCCAAGCGUGCAAAUUGCGUGACUUUUCCAGAUGUGUGAUGCGCAACUGGCGGUGCUCGCUUAUAUCAGAGAGUGGAGAGUGUUUCCGAGGCUGAUUGCCAGUGCGACCAGAAUUGCCUAGAAAGCGUGCCUGGUGGAUCACGAGAGAUCAAGAAGAGGACAUUUGUGUGUUUAUAGUGAGCAUAAGGGUUAGGUGCCGUCUGUCAACCUACGUUUUUCAAAAACCCUGUCGCUGGAGAACAGGAAAGAUAGCCCAGACAUUUGAAGCAUUUGAGGAUGCCGGGGCAUUCAGGGACAACACACAGCCCUAGGUUUUUGCACUCUCGCCUAGAAACUGCCGUCUGAGAACUUCAGCCCAAAGGAGGUAAAGCACAGAAACCUAUACAGACGCUAAAGUAGGUGAAGAGGAACCAUGGGUGCACAUCAGUGGAGCUAUUUGUAGGACAUUGUGUCUCUUGCUUCUGAUUUCCUCAAAGUCCACGGGACUGGAGUCUCUUUCACAGGUCUUCGUAAAGGCAUCCAAAAAAGUGUCCAGUGACCUGUGAAUGCAUUCAGCAUCCAGUCAUGGGAGAGUGGACCAUUCUAGAGCGCCUCCUGGAGGCCGCCGUGCAACAGCACUCUACUAUGAUCGGAAGGAUUCUCCUGACGGUGGUGGUGAUAUUCCGUAUCCUCAUCGUGGCCAUCGUAGGCGAGACUGUUUACGAAGACGAGCAGACCAUGUUCAUUUGCAACACCCUCCAACCAGGAUGCAACCAGGCCUGCUACGACAAAGCCUUUCCCAUUUCCCACAUCCGAUACUGGGUCUUUCAGAUCAUUCUCGUCUGCACACCCAGUCUCUGUUUCAUAACUUAUUCAGUACACCAGUCGGCCAAACAGCGGGACCGUCGCUACUCCUUCCUCUACCCAGCCACGGAAAGAGACUACAGCCGCGAAGGAACCCGCAGACUGCGCAACAUCAACGGUAUCUUGGUGCAGCACCCCGACAGCGGAAAGGACGAACCCGACUGCUUUGAAGUGAAAGAGAUCCCGAACGCGCCCAGAGGUCUCCUCCACGGCAAGAACUCCAAGGUACGUCGACAGGAAGGCAUCUCCCGCUUCUACAUAAUCCAGGUGGUGUUCCGCAACGCACUUGAGAUAGGUUUCUUGGCGGGCCAGUACUUUCUGUACGGCUUCAGCGUUCCUGGCAUCUUCGAGUGCGACCGUUAUCCUUGCCUGAAAGAGGUGGAGUGCUAUGUUUCGAGGCCCACCGAGAAGACGGUCUUCCUGGUGUUCAUGUUUGCAGUGAGCGGCCUUUGCGUUGUGCUGAACCUCGCUGAGCUCAACCACCUGGGCUGGAGGAAAAUCAAGGCCGCCAUUCGAGGUGUGCAAGCCCGCAGGAAGUCCAUCUGUGAGAUCCGUAAAAAGGACAUGGCCCACCUGUCGCAGCCUCCGAACCUGGGCAGGACCCAGUCCAGCGAGUCUGCUUAUGUCUGAUCUCCCUUAAUUUAAAUAUAGCGUGACAAGCGGGGGAGUGGAAUGGAGGGUGGGCCGCUGGAUCGACAAGGCCAUUCGAGUGCCUGUGCAAAUGUUUCUUCUGGGAUGGGGAGCGUCUCUACAUAGCCACACCUCUUUCCAAUAAACCCUCCCCACCAUGACAGUGUGUGAAAAUGUUUGAGGAGGUUUGCGUUUGGUCCAGGAGCACACAGAAGCAAGGCACAGAGGAGGAAUUCUUCGCUUCUGAUCUGGUAAUCGUCAAACUGGGCACAUGGGUUAGUCAAAGGGUGAGGAGCAGAGGUGGGAAGUUAUAGAUGGCUAACACAUAAUGUAUGGAAAUGACUUUGUCUGGGAUUGUCGUCCCACUUUUCUUACUUUGGGAAGAAGAAGAAGGGUCAUUAUCUUCGACCAUUGCUGAGCAGGUGCCAGAAUAAUGUUUAGGUUUGCUCUCUUGGCAAUGAAUUGGCCUAAAACAAACAACAGAGGGGGUCUAAACAUUGUAACAGCAAUGGCACCUCCACAUUGUCACAUCACCAAACAAACAUUAGCUUCUUCUUGUAAAAGAUCACAAAAGACUAUUACCUCCACACAAAGCGUGUCCUUCCACAAAGACCCCCACUGUUUAGCGUUACAGUUGAGCAUUCCUCCUAUUUGUGGUGCAUGAACGUCUGUUUCUUUGUGUGUUUGUGACCAAAGUUGAAAGAAUUUCCGGAUUUCAUGUUGUUCGUCUUACAAUGACUCAUCUUUUGCGAAGGUCGGUGCCAUUCUUUUGUUUCAGAUUACUGUAUAUAGUUUAGCAUAUAGUUCAAAAAUUUUUUUAUUUCUUUUUCUUGGGAAAGAGAGCCGAUCCUGCUGAAAAGACCGGCUCAUUGUUGGUUUGGUGCUGGUCAUCCAGAAUCAUCUUUCUAGUGAUGCUUUGUGGACAAAGAAAGUUCAGUUGCACUUUAUGUUACAGUACAUGAACUUACAUCAAACUCACAGUGUAUAUUGUGAACCUAGAAUGCACUUAGAGUGUAUUUAUGCAACGAAAUAUGGGUAUCUACAUGUUUUGAAUAUGGGUUCGAGUUAGCUUUCAGGGUUGGUACCUUUACAGUACAAAGUAUCUAUAUGUAGAAGUGGACUGUAAAAUAAAGUGCUGCUGAUGGCAAUUCUUUAGUUCAACUAAUGUGGGCAUCAGCAAACCAGCUGUUGAUCUUUGUCAAUAGUAUAAGAAGGAUUUUCACACAUCAGUCCCCGUGAACCAGAAGUUGCGAUUGUUUUUACUUAGUUAUUUUUUGACGUAUUUCCGAGUGAAAUGGAAUUGCGAAUGAGAAAAAACAGAUUUUUCACCACGAUUUUUUUGGUUGUGUAAAACAGCCCUUGCAUUUUAAAAUGGAACUGGCAGCAGACUGACAGUUGAAGGGGAGGAGUUAGGAUGCUCCGCCCAAGCCGUCUAACAUACGUAAGAUGGCUAGACAUCACAGUACGGAAGUGCAUUUUUUUUAUUUUAACUGAAGAUCAUGAGGGCACACGAUCUUUAAAAAGAAAGUGACCCACAUUGAUAAACUAUUUACAUUAAACGCUGUAAUAUUUCAUGAAAAAAUAGCCAUUGUUAUUUUUCAUUUCCCUGGGACUUUAAUGCAGAGGUUUCUAUCAGAAGACUUGAGCAUAAAAAUGAGCAUAAAGGUAUCUUUAAAAGGCAUGUUUACAAAGCUCUACCUGUUGAAUGAAUGAAACAUGAUGAUCAGUGUACGUCCAUAGAAAAGGAAUCAUUCACACUGUUUAUUUAGCUUUUCCUUCUGGUCAAGUGUUUAUCGGCAUGCCUUCAUGAUAUAAAAAGAAGAAUAGAAAAAAUGUAUGUGUUGCACUUUGUGAGAUGGGGAGAGUGGAUAGAAGAAUGGACUCACUCAGGGAAGAACUUAGGCGAGCCACGAUGAGUGCAUAGGGUUGUGAGCAUCUAUGUAGCUGUGUGCCUUCGUUUACACAGUCAGUGUCAGUUAAAGCAAGGUGUAGCAUCUCUCACAAAUACACACACAAUGCUGAGUUGCUUAUUUAGACGUUGUUAGCGGUAGACUCACUAAACAAAAGUAUUUUUGUGCCUACACUGCCCGCACUCCUGCAUUAAACAGUGUUGACAGAACCCAGUGCAAACAGACUCUCUGACAUACCGCAGAAACAGAAAAUACUGUCAGAGAAGAUUCGGAGAUACGGAGAGGGCUGACGUGAGAAGGAAAAUUCGGAGGCCCUUUAUCAGCAGCACAAUGUUUCCUGGCUUCAGCAAGUCUUAUACACAGACUUUUGCAGGAACGUGUGUUUGCAUUAAGUUUGCCAUAAAUUCUACUUUGCAGCAUUUAUAAAUCAGAACAGAAGUCAGCGUGAGGACGGAUAUUGUCGUUCACUCCUAAAUAGAAAUGUCUGGUGGCUAAUAGAGAUGGAAAAUGGGUCAGGUUAAUAAGGCCUUGUAUGCAUGUCCAGUUUCCUUAAAUGUAAAUGAACUGGUAACGAUUUGCUUCGACCCCUGUUACAUCCCCAAAUAUGAAUAUAAAAUCUGAGAAAAUAUAUAUAAAAAAAGUAUACAGGAGUACUGUAUAAGUUUGUCAGUGUUGACCCCAAAACUGGACCCAAACAUCCACAAACAACUUUUAUGGUAUCUGUGUGAAAAAUUGACCAUAAUUAGUAUGGCUAAAAAUGGUUCCUGUGCAACUUCAUGAUCAAUGAGACACCAAAACGAAAAUACGAAGCACAAAUAUCAUAUCUCUGAGAAAACCAAAGGAAGAUUGGUCUACAUGGCUUGACCAGUAUAAAGGACUAUAGCCAUAAUCUUGGUACCGAUCCCAUCCUCUCACAUUGUACUUUCUGCCUUUCCAUUGCUGUUAUGCUGACAUCAGAAAACUACCAAAACCAUGAACCCAGUAACUAUGCAGCAUAAAAGGGCAAAACAUCCUUUACAAGGAGAUGGUUUUUAAGUACGAUUCACAGAUGAAUGACCGCCGCUUCCCCAAGUGAGAUAUUUCUUCAAAUCCACUCUUCUCAAUCUAUUUUUUUUAUAACAAAUCUAUAUCAGAGUAUAGACAAAAAAGAACUACAGUAUGCGGGAUUUUAUGCAAAGUUUAUCUUUUUUUUAUUUAUUACAUCAUUUGUGAAUUAAGUUUUUGUGCGUCCGCUGUAAUAUGAGGGUAAAGGGGUAUUUAAAGAGCAAAGUUGGGACUUUAAAAUAUUGCCUGGGAAACCGAAAAUGUGGCUUUUUUGCCAAAGUACUGUAUUAUGCAAAUUAUAACUAACUGGGUUUCAGUGAAUGAACUGUUAAAUGAUGGUAAAUGCAUGGAUUACUGGUUUGAAGAAGCAUGUUUUUAGUUGUUGUUGCUUUUUUAUAUCAUUAUUAUUAAUACUGUUGUUGUUGUUGUGAAACAGAAAAACAGGGACAAGUUAGUAAAUAGCAGACUUAAUACUUAUUUUCCAAAUGAAAGAAUGAUAUGACAAACCUUUAAAACUAAGUUUUUUUUCCCACCUGUCUAAGAAAAUUGGAAAUGCACAUCUAUAUUACAGGCAUAUUCUCCAUAUCACUGCCAACAAUUUUAUAGAAAAUUGUCUUCUAAAAAUCUUUCUUAAUGAUUUUGAUGAUAUUUGGAGACAUCAUUGAUUCAGUCAAACCUACGUGUGUAUUUGACAAUAUGACAUUAAUCUACUGCCAUUGGUCAAUGUCUAAAAUAUGAGAUGACGAUAUUAUAAAGUCAUGAUGUCAAUUAAACACGCAAGUGGACCAGUGCAUAAGCAAGAACUGUCUCAGGUGACAAUUUUUUAAGAUGACCUUUUUAGUGUUUCUACAAUUAGUACGCGAUGUACAGUGUACUUCCAAAAGCUGUUUCAAGGUUCGCCCACAUUUUCUAAACUACAUUAUAGACAAAUUCUUCGUGAUAUGAUAGCCGUGUUUCAGGGAAUUACAAAAACAUGGAUUCAGGUGAUAUACACUAAGAGAAAAUCAAAACAUGCUCAGACAUCAGUCUGGUCUGUGCCAAGGACACCAAACAUCCUACUCAACUAAACCUAUUAAGUAAUGAAAACAAAGUAAAGUUCAUGCCUUGUUAGCUCGGGCAAAAGAAUCGUUCUAAUCCCAAUGAUAAUCCCUUUUGAAUGAUCGUCACGUGUCCCAGAAUGCCCGUGUCCUAACCACACUUCCCCAAAGCCAACCAAGGUUCUUCUCUAAAGCUCUGCGACCAAUCAUUCGGUUGCAGUUAAACCUUGUUUAUAUCGUCAGCCGUUGGUAGACAUGCUUAUAGUGGCAAACUGUGUGUCGAAGCCGUCUCUUUAAUCUGGAGCCAGAUUUUGCUUUUCAAAUCCUAAUCUUUACCUUUAUAAAGAAAAACUCUUCUGGGAUCAGAGUAAAAGGAUAAUUACAGCCCCACGUGUGCUGCCAGGAGAGUUUGACACCCGCCGUAUAAACCACGCUAAUCUCUCAGGAAUAAGACGACUCGCCGCUUCUAAUCACUCCCAGCUGCUUACACCGCCGUAUAAACACUGGAUUAGCAUUUGGCAAAGGCAAAAGGGCAGACGAAUCAUCCAUCGCUCGUACCUGCACCGCCACGGCACAAAUAACGUCAACACAUGCCGCUAUAACUCAGGAUCCGUGCAAAGGCACCAAUCCUAAAAACGAACGUCUAUAUACAGAAUAAGUCAGAGAAAUCAGGGGACGUUCUGCUAACCAGGGAUCUGCAGACGACAAUUCAGUUCAUCACAGUAUGUAGUACCUUGUGAUUGGUCAUGCGAAACGUAAACUGUUCUGAAAAUAAAGAAGUUUAAAUAAAACUUCACAUACAGAAACGAGUUGGAAUUUUACAUGAAUAGCGUGGUUUUCAACUGCUAAAAACAUGAAUAAAAUGUUAAGGGUCAACCUGAUCAUUAUUGCAAAUUAAUCCCAAUGAUCAGGGAACAAAAAUAAACACGUGGACGUAAAGUUGUAUGUUAAGAUUUGGUCAAAGCUUAUGCUAAAAACAAAAGAGUUACAACAUAGCGAACAAAGAGCCUAGCAGAAAGAUAAACAACAACAUGUUAUUCAUUUAUAUUUAACGUUUAUAAGACUAUAACUAUAAAGAGAAAGGUUUAAAUAUCGCUCUAUAUUUAAGACAAUAGAAACAAGACCACAUUAUAACAACAUUAUAAAGCAAACCCAAACCUGUAAAGUUCGAUGUUCUGCUAAACAAAAAAGAAAGUGGAGCUUGGAGUUCACAUUCUUUUAAAUAUCUUCUUUCGUCUUGAACAGAACAAACCAUAAACUGGUUUGAGCUUGAGGGUGAGUAAAUGAUGACAGAACCUUCAUUUUAGGGAAAUCAAAAAAAAGUCUUAUACAGUGUAUCUUUAUUCAUCAUUCUUGAUGUGAAGAACUUAAAGUCACUUGUUCGAUAGACUAGUUAACCAACAUAUGUAGCUUCAAUGUCACAUGACUUCUAUUUUAGGUUCUGUCUUUUUUUUUCUCGUGAUCUCUUACCUUCUCAUUACAGUCAGUAGUCAUAGAAACGGCGGUGAGUCACAAUGUUGCACCUUUUCGGUCAUUUGCACUGAUGUUGAUAAGUUACACCUUUGUGUCCAAAAACAUACUAGAAUGAUUCGCCGCUCAGUGUUGCGAUUGACUAAUCAGAAGUACGUGUUCAAAAAGCCAUGUGAUAAGAGUUUAUUCAUACGCAAGCUGUGACGUUGCAAAUCGUUUAUCUGUUGUUUUCUAAAUUAUGCCGUGAUUAUAUUUAAUACUGUGUAAACUACGAAUCAGAAUCGAAUUAAAUAAAAGGAGAAAAGCCGCAUUUCUUAGAAGUUACAACCGCUGACAUUAGUGUAGGCUGAUAUGUUAUUACGGUACUGUGAACUACUUAGUUACUAUUGUCACUACUGUUUUCUGGAUAAAUAUUUAAAUUAAUAUUAUUAUCAUAAAUGUAUUUUACAGCGAAUACGUUGUUUUCUAAAUGUAGCAUUAGGAAAAGAGGAGAAACAUCCUGUGCAUCUUGCAUCAAAUUGUACACUGUAAAACUUUGCUGUAGUGUUGCAGCAGGUUUGCCAGUAAUUUACUGUAUAUUCAAAUACUACUUAAUACUAUUUUCCUAUUAGUACCGUUUUCAAUGACUUGGACACUCUUCCUUAGCAUUUUUAUCUUGUUGUUUAGUAAAAAUAUUUAAAACUUCAUUAACUACGAUACAUUCACACAAGAAGAAAAUGACCUCAGAUACUAAGUCUUGUUUUAUGAAAGAAAAAUAUAUAAACUAUUGGUAAGUUUAUGCUUAUAUCAAAAUUGUAAAUUUAAUAUAUGGGAAGAUACUGGCAAACCUGCUGUGAAAUUACAGCAAAGUUUUAUUUUUAGAUGAUUUGUUUCAAGAAUUUAGAAAUGAUCAAACACUAAGGAUGAGUCAAUCAAUCACAGUUUAAGAAGACCUCAGUGAAGGGUCUCACCCAACUACAACUGUUUUCAACAGCAAAGCAAGUUUUUUUAGUUUCACGAUUUGAAAAUGGAUAUAUAACAGAUGUUAGAAAUGCACUUGCAUUAUUGCGACCUCCCAUCACACCUUCUGCCAUGUGGUUUAAGGUAACACCUGCAGCCACGUCCUUUAGAGAUUAUGCAAUCUGCGACCCUUUAAUCCUGUGUGAUAUCAGCACUCUGAUUACUUUAUCUAAUUAAAAUGUGCUGGAACGAUUAGGAUUUAGCAUUAUUUCCUCUUUGACUCAGAUUUUCUUCCUUUUGUUUUUUAGAGCUUUUUGUGGAAAUGGUUUGUAAGGUCAACGAACAUGUUUGUUCAACUCAGUGUGCAAAAUGUUGCACUCCUGAAAUAUCAAAGGGUGCUGCUAAAAUGCAUACGUGUAUAGAAUUGUAUGACUAUUGUCAAGUCUGCGAACACCACCAUUUAUCUUUCCCUGUUAUGAUCUCUUUCAUAGUCUUUGCUGAAUUUGUCCCAAGUGAACGAUUCUUACUUAUUUCUUAUUUCUUAUGUCUAAAGGGAAAUCUGUUGUUUGGAACACAGAUUUCUAUUUUGUAUCCAGUUGACCUUAUUUAAAGGUUUUGCUUUCUAUAUGUGUCUGACUUUUGUGGAUUGUGUAUGAUGACUGAAUUAAACACCUUGAAUGAACUUGCAA